AUGUCUUCCAGCCAUUCAUACAUUCCCUUGCUCGCAGCCGGCGUCUUUGGUGGUCUCCUGUGGUAUGUCAUUUCUUCGGGUCGCAGAAUGAAGUUGCCUCCGGGACCGAAGCGCCUCCCCGUCAUCGGAAACGCUCAUCAAGUUCCUACUGAGACCCCUUGGAGAGCAUUUUCUGAGUGGGGAAAGAAGUAUGGGGACAUUAUGCACAUCGACAUCGUCGGCAAGCCCAUCGUCAUAAUAAAUUCAGAGAAGAUUGCCAGAGACCUGCUCGUAAAACGUGCAACAAUUUACUCUGACCGGCCGCAUUUCGUUAUGGCGGGAGAACUCGUCGGAUAUAGCGCGCCGUUCGCGAUGCAAUCGUACAAUGACAAUUGGAGACGACAGCGUCGACUCAUCUCUCACGACUUCGCGCAGAACAAUACCCCACGAUAUCACGGACUUCAGGAGAAAGGAAGCCCGAAUCCUUGUCCGGAACGUUCUCGAGAAUCCGGAAUCGCUCGUCUCUCAAGUCAAAUUGCACGUCUAACUAACUGCACCUUCAUUUCGCUUGUCUCACGUCGUCUCUCUAGGAGGAUUGGCAUAAUCAUCUUUCGAGUCACAUAUGGAUAUUAUCUUCAAUCCGAAAACGAUCCUAUUUUGACGACACCAUUGGAGGCGAUGGAUAACUUCAGCUACUCGACAACGCCAGGCAAUUUCCUGGUAGACUUUAUCCCCAUUUUGAAAUAUUUACCACGAUGGGUACCUGGUUCAGGCUUUCUAGCCACCGCAGAACGGUGGAGGAAGCUUUUCUACGACUCUACCUAUAGGCCCUACAACUGGUGCAAGAAAAACCUGGAAACUGGCCAGACACUAUUGCCGAACCUGUGCGCCACAAUACUUCAGAACCCGACUCACCAAUUGUCAGAGGACGAGGAAACGAAAUUGAUUUGGGCCGCAUCCAGCGUUCUGGGGGGUGGACUCGACACUAACAUGUCUUCUGCUUUGACGUUCUAUUUAGCGAUGAUCCUCAACCCUAGCAUUCAAGAGAAGGCACAUGCUGAGAUCGAGGCCGUCGUCGGGAAAGACAGAUUACCGACCAUCAAUGACCGUCCCAAUUUGCCGUAUAUCAGAAGUAUUAUCACCGAAGUUCUCCGCUCGAGUCCUGCGAUUCCUCUAUGCCUUCCUCAUUGCGCAAGUCAGGACGACAUCUACAACGGGCUCCUUAUUCCGAAAGGCUCUAUGAUAAUGCCGAACAUCUGGCAUAUGCUUCACGACCCAGAGGCUUACCCCAACCCUAUGGAAUUCUAUCCAGAACGCUUCAAUAACCUUGACUCCGAGAUGGAUAAAGUCAAGGAUCUCGUUUUUGGAUUCGGCCGCCGUGUCUGCCCCGGAAUGCACUUCGCCGAAGGAACUCUUUUUGCUAUUGUUUCCACAACUCUUGCGACGUGCAAGAUUCUGCCGGGGCUAGAUGCGAACGGUAAGGAAAAGAUCCCUGAAUUCGAGUUCACCUCGGGAACUAUCAUAUUCCCCAAGCCGUUCACACUCAGGUUGAAAGCUCGCUCGACUGAGGCAUUGGGUUUACUCGCUGAGGUGUCCACCGCCGUAGAGUAG